AUGGAACAUGGAACUCGAGAUGUUACAGCAGAACCUCGCUUUCCCGACCAUUCGCAGCCCGCGCCAGAGGCCGAAAGAGGACGUUAUCAUCAAAAGCUCACCAACGAUGCUCAGAUCCUUGACAGAAACACUUUCCAGUCCAAAGAUGUGAUUGAGGAGAUAUGGUCAGGCCUAGGCCUACCUCUAGCGUCCCUGGCAUCAGUCAAGCUCCCAGGUGACGAAGGACCAGCAUUACCCUCAUCCUUCAAGAUCGGAAUCCUCGCACAGGCCUCCAUUGGCUUGGCUACUCUCGUCGCAGCUCAAAUUCACGCUUUGCGAAACAAGAGCGACGUUCCUAUUGUGACGGUGCCGCUGGAGAAUUCUGUCGUGGAGUUCAAGUCCGAAAGACUGUAUACCAUAAAUGGCAAGCCUGCCACGUCACCCUGGGGCGAGUUUGGUGGACUGCACAAAACAUCUGACGGCUACGUUAGGAUUCAUGAUGCAUUUCCUCAUCAUGCGAAGGGUACUCUCGAUCUACUUGGUCUACCGACCGGCGCAACUAGACAACAGGUGUCGGAAAAGACUGCCGAGUGGGCGAGCAUCGAUCUGGAGACUUGUGCAACGCCCGAGGGCAAGGUAGCCAUCUACGCGUUGCGCUCCUAUCGCCAGUGGGAUAGUCUUCCGCAGUCCAAGCUCAUCAGUAAUUUCCCUAUCAUACUGAAGCAGGUCUCACAGUCCCCGCCAACUGGGCUACCACACAGAAUGAGAGGCGGAAACAGAAAAUGUCUUGAAGGUCUUCGCGUCGUCGAACUCAGCCGUGUGAUUGCUGCCCCCCUGUGCGGCAGAACACUCGCGGCUCAUGGCGCUGACGUUAUCUGGGUGACAUCCCCGAACCUGCCUGAUCACCCCUCUAUUGAUCGAGAUAUGGCACGAGGAAAACGAACAGUUCAGCUUGAUCUCCACAAUCCUGAGGAUAAGAAGCAUCUGUUUGAACUUAUUAAAGAGUGCGAUGUUUUUCUUCAAGGUUAUCGGCCCGGCAGUCUUGGUUCCUAUGGCCUAUCGCAGGAAGAGCUGAUCAAGGCCAAUCCCAAUAUUAUCAUUGCGAAUUUAUCUGCUUUUGGACCCAAGGGUACGUGGUCUGGUCGUCGCGGCUUCGAUUCAUUGGUCCAAACAUGUUCUGGCAUGAACAUCUCUGAAGCCGAGCAUGCAGGAAAGGGCGAGGCUGCACAGCCAAUGCCAUGCCAGGCCCUCGAUCAUUCCGCUGGUCACAUGCUAGCGGUGGGUAUACAGGCGGCUCUGUAUCAUCGAGCUAACCAAGGAGGUUCAUGGCGAAUCGAUGUAUCUCUGGCAGGUAUGAUGAGAUACUUGAGGAGCUUGGGCCAGUAUCCUGGUGCUACCGGCUUUCAGGCGAGGGACUUUGACAAGCAAGAGGAUGUUCCCGAAGUGUACAUGGAGACGAGGGAUACGGGGUUCGGCACUAUGAAAGCAGUCAAGUAUGGUGCUGCGAUUGAGGGGUUGCAGAUUGGGUGGGAUAUCAUGCCGAAACCAUUGGGAUCUGAUAAACCUGAAUGGAUUGAGUCUUAG